AUGGAACUUAGUGACUUAAUAUUAAUUCCGAAAGUCGAUAAUGUUGCAUUAAUAGAUAAAAGUGAUGAAAAUGGCAAAAGCAUAGAUGGAAGACUGUGUAUUAGUAGUCACCAUCUUCUUUGGUCUUCACGGCAAAGUGAUGGUCGAGAACUCUGGCUAUUGUACCGAAAUAUUGAUCUUAUAGAGAAAAAAUUGAAUACUCAAAGUCCAGGUGGUAGCAUUAUUUUAAAAUGUAAAGAUUUUCAUAUUCUUCAAUUAGAUAUUAAUUCAACAGAAGAUUUAACAAAUGUUGUAUUAUCUAUAGAGAUGUUAAUGUCGCAAGAACAAACUUUACAAUAUCCCUUUUUUAAUAGACCACAAAUAACUAAUAAUAGUAUAUUAGAAGAUGGAUGGACUGCAUUUACUCCUGUAUCAGAAUGGUCCAGAUUAUUAACUACUUAUGCAGAUGAAUGGCGUAUUAGUUAUUUAAAUAAAGACUACAAAGUUUGCAAUUCUUAUCCUUCUGCUGUUAUAAUACCAUGUCACAUAGAAGAUAAAUUAAUAAUAUCAUCUGCUAAUUUUAGAGAUGGUGGAAGAUUUCCAGUGUUAUGUUACAGGCAUGAAGGAGGAAGUAUUUUGUUAAGAAGCAGUCAACCAAUGUGUGGUACUAAUGGUAAAAGAUGCAAAGAAGAUGAAAGAUUAUUAAAUGCAGUCUUAGGUCCAGGAAGACGUGGUUAUAUAAUAGAUACAAGGUCUAUUGCACAAGCUCAAAGUUCCAGAGCUAAAGGUGGUGGUACAGAAAUGGAUGCUGCUUAUCCGCAGUGGCGGAAAGUACAUAAAGCAAUUCCACGGUCGCAUGAUUUAGCAGAUAGUUUUUUUAAAUUAAUAGAGGCUUGUAAUGAUAUAACAUGUUCUACUUCCCAGUGGAUUUCAAGACUUGAUAAUAGUGGAUGGUUAUCUGCUGUACAAAGUGCUUUAAAUGCUGCUUGUGUAACUGCUCAGUGUCUUCAUCAAGAAGUUGCAGCUGUGUUGGUUCAUGGAAGUACUGGCAGAGAUUCUACUUUAGUAGUAACCAGUUUAGCACAGACAAUAUUAAAUCCUGACUGUAGAACGAUACGUGGUCUUCAAGCUUUAAUCGAACGUGAAUGGAUACAAGCUGGUCAUCAAUUUUUCAGUCGCACACGUCAUGGACCAUAUCAUCCAUCAAAUUCACAAAGCUCAACACAUGCCCCAACUUUUCUUCUUUUCCUUGACUGUCUUUAUCAACUUCAUUAUCAAUUUCAAUUUAGUUUUGAAUAUACAGUACAAUUGUUAAUUGAAUUGUAUAAUCAUGCAUAUUAUUCCAAUUAUGGAACAUUUUUAGGUGAUUCAGAAGCAGAGAGAGUUAGACUUCGAUUAUCUGAACGAACAUGUAGUUUAUGGUCAUACAUAAAUCAACCAGAUAUAUUGGAAAAAUGGUUAAAUCCUUUAUAUGAAAGAAAUUCGAGUGUUAUUUGGCCUAGUGUUGCACCUAUUAGUAUACAAUUGUGGAAAGAACUUUAUCUUGGUCAUACAAAUGUCGCUCCAUGGAAAAAUUUACUAUCGUGUAUAAAACAAAUAAAACAAAAUCAUACAGCAGUACGGAAAGUUGCUAGUCAAUUACAAAUUCAAAUAAAACGAGCAAUAGAAGAAAUGCGUUCGAAUCCUGAUAUAUGUUAUGAAGAAGAGAAUCAAGAUGAACAUACCUGUAUAGCACAAUUAAGCCUAGAAUCUCAAAAUAUCUGAUGCAGAUCGUAGAUAUCGCAAAAAGGAAAAAAUUCGUUUUAUAUAAUAUGCAAUAUUAAUCAUUUCUUAUUUAUAAUAUAAAAUUUAUAUGUAUAUAAAAAUUUACCAAAAAUUUUUAUUACAAUUUCAGAAUUUUUUUUCGUUACAUAUAUUCUCAAGAUUUUUAGAUUAAAAAUCACUUUUGUAAUAAUAUAAUAAUGUAAAUAUAAGUAGCACACACAUUGAUAUACAUUGUUUAUUCAUAUUAUUUAUUUUUAAAUAAUCUGUUAUAAUAUGUAUAUGAUGUAUGUAUUUAAAGUAGAAAAAACAAUUAUCUAUCAUUUUUAUUUAUACAAUGUAA